UAUGACCCUGAUUGUGCCAUUUGGAGGAUACUCAGCUGAUUAUUUAAGAAAACGAGGCUAUCUUAGUACAACAAGCGUCCGUAAAAUCUAUAACUGCGGAGGAUUCGGCUUAGAAGCAUGCUUCCUACUCGGAGUGGGUUAUACUAGGGAUAAGACAACUGCCAUUAUUUGCCUAACCAUUGCAGUUGGAUUUAGCGGCUUCGCUAUAUCCGGUUACAAUGUGAAUCAUUUAGAUGUAGCACCGAGAUACGCAUCCAUAUUGAUGGGUUUAUCAAAUGGAGUAGGAACGCUGUCUGGUAUGAUUUGUCCCAUAGUGACCAACGCUAUUACCAAAUCAAAAACCGUCAAAGGAUGGGAACACGUCUUUCUAACGGCUGCCCUUAUCCAUUUCGCUGGCAUAACUUUCUACGGAAUAUUCGCAUCGGGAGACAAACAGCACUGGGCCGAUCCACCACCGGACAUAAUAGAAACAAUGACACCAGUAAAGUCAGGAUCGUACGGAGCAUUUCCUAAUGAAGACCUUCCGGAUAAACCCCCUUUGCCACCUCCAAGUUAUAGGACAACUUUACAGGGUUCUCAACCGCAAUUCACUACACAAACAGAAAUGGUGCAGAUAGAGCCAACUGAUACCUAUAUGAAUGGUUCAAUUCAAGAUCGAGAACCUUAG